AUGGUGCACUUCAGCACAAAACAGGACCAGCUCAAUAGCAUCAUUCAAACUCUGGAAGUAUCAUUGCCCACUGAACUUGAUCAGUAUGCAGAAGAGUUGCAAAACCUGGACUUUGAUAUGGAUGAUUAUGAUAGCAGUGUCAUGGGCCUGAAUGCUCAAGAAGCAGGAGGGUCACUGGUUCAUAUGGAAGGAGCACAGGAGGACCAGGCCCAUAUGCGAGGAGGGCCAGGCACAGCCAUGAAGAGGACCAAGCUCAAGGAGCAUGCAGACAGUUACCACUCAGGGGCUCAAGAGACAAGAGUCAAAGGAACUGUCACCAGUCAAAGGAGAAGGAGCAGUGUAUAG